AUGGCUUCAAACCUUGAAAUUAUCCUCUUCUUUUUCUCUCUCCUCCUCAUCUUCACCCUAAUCUCAACCCAACAGUACCACCCACUGGACCCUCUCACUGAAUCUGAGCUCCAUCAAGUUCAGACCAUAGUCAAAGAAGCCAACUCCAUCCCACACCACAAUCUAACCUUCAACUACGUAAGUUUAGAUGAACCAGACAAGCCAGUAGUCCUAUCAUGGCUAUCAAACCAGCCAACAAAAAACCCACCUCGCAAAGCCUUGGUUAUAGCCAGAAUUGAUCACAAAACUCAUGAAAUCAUCGUAGAUUUGCAGACCAAUUCAAUCUCAUCUGAUAAAAUCUACCAUGGUUGUGGUUUUCCUAUAAUCACCUUUGAAGAACAGGAAGCUGCGAAUGAUUUGCCAUUCACAUAUCCUCCAUUUAUGGCCUCUAUUAGGAGGAGGGGACUUAAGCUUGAAGAAGUGGUGUGCGUGAGUUACACUGUUGGGUGGUUUGGAGAGAAGACUAGGCCUAAGAGGAUUGUUAAAGUUCAGUGUUACUACAUGGAUGGGACUGCGAACUUGUAUAUGAGACCUAUAGAGGCAAUUACUGUGACCGUUGAUAUUGAUGUGAUGAAGAUCGUUGGAUAUCGGGAUCGGUCGUUGGUGCCGGUGCCGAAAGCAGACGGGACGGAAUACAGACGGUCGUCGGAGAAGUCACUGGAUGGUGCACCUUUGAAGGGCAUAACAGUAAGGCAACCAGAAGGACCAAGUUUCACCAUUGAUGGGCAUACAGUCAGGUAA